UAGUUAUUUAUUUUUUGUAGAACGUCAGUAAAACAUGAAGGAAAAUCUGCCCUCCGUCCUGUAAUAUUUGGGAAAAUGUUAGGCUUUGUAGGAUAUCUCGUCUUACCUCUCGCGCUCCCUCCUUCCUAAGCAUUGAAAAAGUGCGGGAAAUUUGAAGGUUUAUAAAUGCACUGGUGUGUGUAUGUGUGUGUGAGUGUUAUUGCUAGUUAUCUCUCUCUCUCUCUCUCUCUCUCUCUCUCUGUCAGUAGUUGCACAGGUCUUCAAGGGUAUUUUUACGGUUUUAGUGACAGAUUAACAACAUUUCUACAUUAAUAACAGGAGAAACACCAUUGAAAACCCUGAUAAUCAUCUUUAUAGCUUUGAAAAACAGUCGUGAGGAGAGAGAGAGAGAGAGAGAGAGAGAGAGAGAGAGAGAGUAGGAGCAUUUCAGUUGAGCCUAUUCUGCCCUGGUUCGUGUUUGCUGCGGUGACACGGUGCCGCACUGAGUGAAGAUUGCGUUCAUAAUCACUUAUCGGGGAUGGAGUGGGGAAAGGAGGGUCAGGAAGUGAGGAUAUUUAUAUUAUUUGACAUAUUAUUUGAUAGCAUGUCAACUUUUGUGUGUGUGUGCGUGUGUGUGUGUGUGUGUGGGUGGGUGUUGGAUCAGUGACAGGUGGCGCUGGGGAGUUACCACGGCGAGCGGCUGGCUGGCUGCAGUGUUUUGGUCAGCACUAGUCAAUCUUGCCCUACACGCUCUAUUAACCAGUGUUUCCGUCUUUCCGACACCUUCUUCCUGCACCAAGCACCGUCAAGCAUCACCAGAGAGGCACGAGUACGUAAGCUAUCCAACAUCAGAACAGUAUAUGAAUAUGGCAAAUGCUGUUUUGACAUCAUUUCCUGCCAUCCUGAGAAACAGUGAUCUCGAGGAGCAUGAAUUGCAGCUGCAAUGGAAAUUGCGCAUCCAGCGCAAGUUUCAGAAUUCAAGAAAGAGGCAGGAUUCCUCAGUGUCUGAGGUGACGUCAAGGAAAAAGAAGAUCCCUUGCAUAGCGCCAAAAGAGACUACGUGUCCACUGAUGUAUGGAGUAAAGGCUUACCUUCCACCAAGGCCCCAUUCAGAAGAUGAUGAGUCAUUAGAGAGACAUAGACAGUGGCUUGCUCUACAUUGGAUGAAGAAAGAUCCCGAGUUAGAUAAGGCUGAACGCCUCAUGCAGUUGACACUCUCUGAGAGACGCAAAAAUAUAAUCAACGGGUACAUUCUUGUAGCAGAAAUCCUGAACUUGUACCCGUGGAUUCAGACUUUUGAUGGCCUAAAUAAUCAAGGAGUUCCUGAGAUUAGAACCACAAGCGGAUGAACCAGACCCAAGAGUAGCAGUUUUGAAAGGGCUGGAGAAAUAUAGGCUCCCAAUAAUUGCCAUUCUCAAAAAAAGAAAAGCAGUUCCUCUGUAUAUGGAAACCUUACUUGAACUCUAUGACCACGAUGAAAGUCAAUGCGAGUAAUGUCUAGUUCAAUUUGUUCAUUUCAGUAGCUGGUAGCAAUUUAAUAUACGUAUCUUUUCAUCAUUAGCAAUGCAUCUUUCACUUUUAUAAGCCUAGUAUUCAUGAAACUAUGCUGCAUGCAAAAACCAAACAUUGUAUUAAGCAUGACCUAUCUAACUGUAAUGCUUGCACCAAUUUCUAUAAAGGUACUAAUUUAAUUUUUAAAUUCCUGCUCUUCUAUCAAAUUUUUGGCUGAGUGCUAUGGCUAAAUAAUUGUUUGCAGCAUAAGUGAUGUUAAAGAUUUUAAUAGGUGUAAAGCAUCUCUCUCUCUCUCUCUCUCUCUCU